UAGUUGAAUCAUCCAAGAUGGCGGCUCCAUUGCUUACUCGCGUGUCUUGUUCAUCUAUGAUAAAAACGCUAACUUCUGGUUUAAACCUCACUACUGUUCGCUUAGGAACGCAUAGAAAGCUUCCAACUAAAAAGGUUGUAAACCCUUUUGUUCAGAGGAGAACAGAUCUAAUCAAAAGAAUCGUUGUGGCUCUUGUUCAACAUGAACGAAUCCAAACAACUCUUCAAAAGGCACAUCAAGUACAGAAAUAUGGGGAUCUUCUUAUAACACUAUCACAAAGAAGAUCCCCACCACCAGACCUGGACAUGAUUGAAAAUGGAUUUAUUCUGAAUGAAAAAGAAGCAUUCGAGAAAAUGAUCACCAGGCGAAUUGUUAACAGACGAAGUAAAAAAGUUCUUUUACAGYCCAAACAGCUCACAGAGGAAGAAUUUAUUGUUAGAUGUCGCCAAGAAGCUUCAAAUAUGCUUAUGGGGAAUCAAGAAGCUCUUGAUAAAUUAUAUGGACCUUUAAAGGACAGAUAUAAGGACAGAUAUGGUGGAUUUGUAAAAAUAACUGCAAUACCAUGUCCACCUAAAGCAUUGUACCCCAAAAUGGCAUAUGUAGAACUAGUGGAUAAUGAACUUGAACCACUUCCAAGUUUUCCUGUCAUUAGGCAAGGAAAGAUAGUAGUGUAUGGAGAAGAUAGCAAUAAUGAAGUGGAAAAUGCUGUGGCUCUAAAAAGUUAGA